AUGGAACGUGUUGUUGUGAAGAUUAGAUCAGCAGAUAUAAUUGGGCAAACUGUGCAACUUCUACUUGAUUGCAAAAAGAAUGAUCAGAAUCAACUUCUUCCAUCAAUUUAUAUGGUUCCCAGUUUGUUCCGAGAUCUUAGCCCAAGUUCUUUUUGCCCUCGGGUUGUCUCUAUUGGACCUCUUCACCAUGAAGACCAAAAUUUGAAAGGAUUUGAAGUUCAGAAAGAAACAUUUUUACACGAUCUUUUGGAUCGUUUAGAUUCCAAGCCAGAGAAAACGUUAAAAACAUGUGUUAAGAAGGUGAGUGGUUCAUUAGACCGAAUCAGGUCAUGUUAUGUGGGGAUGCCUACCUACGAAGAUGUUGACCUUGCUCGCAUGAUGGUAUUAGAUAGCUGUUUCAUACUCAAUUUUAUUUAUCAUCUUUCAAAAAAAGAUAGACCACUUCUGAAAAACAUGUUGAUUACCCAAUCAGUAAUUUAUGAUCUGCUUUUGAUAGAAAACCAAAUCCCUUUCUUUGUUCUUGAAGACAUCUUUCAGUGUACUAUUAUGAAACUUAAACCACCGACCUCUCUUACUAAACAUAUUCAAGUACUUCUAAUUUACUACAACAUUUUUGAAGCCGAAUUAGUACUAGACAAUGAAGACGAAGAACAUACUCAUGAUCAUCUUCUAAGCCUUGUGCACAAGUGUUACCAGCCUAGAAAUGAUAUACCAUCAGAAUUUGAAUCAAUUCCAAAAGGCCACUCCGCUGUGGAACUGGAUAGAGCAGGGGUGAACUUUAGGCCUCACGAAGAUACAAAUUGGCCAAUGGCGAUGAAACUGAAGUUACCUAGAUUUUCGUGGUUCCCGUUGUUUUGGUUUAAGCCAGCUCUCAAGAUGCCAGUAGUGUGUAUCGAUGAUUUCACUGAAUUGGUUUUGAGGAACCUGAUUAUAUAUGAGCAUUCGUCAGAUGUUCCUAAUUAUGUUACAGCAUAUGCCUGUGCCAUGGAUAUGCUUAUUGAUACCCCAGAGGAUGUUGCCAUGUUGGUAAACUCAGAAGUCCUCGUCAAUGAUUUAGGCUCGAAUGAGAAGGCUGCAGAUAUGAUAAACAGCAUAUGCAAAGAAGUUCCUAUCGUUGAUUUCUUUUAUUCUCAGCAAUGGGAACAUAUGGAUUCCUAUUACAAUGGUUACUGGCCAAAUAUUAUUGCUGUGUUGAGGCGUAAAUAUUUCAGUAGUCCAUGGAAUAUCAUUGCUCUAUUUGCUGGAACCAUUCUAUUUGUUCUUACCGUGGUUCAGACCAUCUAUGGUAUAAAGGCUGCAUAA